CAAUCAUUAUAGUGGCACUAUGGUGACCUACUACCCAAAGGAAACUUCAGAUGGAUCAGUUUCUGUGAUUCUUCGCUUUAAGUUUAACCACAAUACCUGCCAAGAUGGUUCAUUUUCUUGCUCUGGCAACUGUGGUACUGAAAGUCUGAUUCUUUCAAACACCAACAUUGAGCAAGUCACUGGUUCUUGGUGUCAGACUGAAAGAAUCACAUCUCGGUCUCUUCGCGACAACUCUCCAUUUAAUCUUUUAUAUGGUGGUAGUUCCUGGUUCCCCAAUAAUAAUGGCAUUGGAUCCUGGAAAGCUGUGGCAGUCGUUGAACUGAGGAUCCGGUCCGACACCAACAAACCAAACUCAUCACCCCAGACCACAAUCUUUCCGGUCCUGAGAGUUCCUUCAAACUGUGACAGAAAUAUUAACCUGUUGGCCUUUGACCCCGAUGGAGAUGAGGUUAAAUGCAGAUAUGCUGACACAUCCUUGGGUGAAUGUGAAUCACCCUGCACACCUCCACCUGUUCUCAGCCUAUCCUCUACUUGUACCCUCUCAUUUAAUGCUACUUCAAGCAGUAAUGAAGGCUCGUAUGCAGUCCAGAUGGUGAUGGAGGACUUUCCCAGACAGGCAAUCACACUGACUCAGACCAGUGGAUCAAACAUCGGCAAAACUACAAGCGACAGAAUCAGCAGGGUACCCAUCCAGUUUACUUUUCAAGCCAGAGUCUCUGCUUCAGCUCUGUUCCAACUCAGCCCGCAGUCUAGGGUUCGCCGGUUCCGGUGUUCCGCUGUAGUCCCUGUCGGCGGCUCCUGUGCUCCGUCCUGGCUUCAAGUUCUUGGCUGCUGGGUUCCGUCCUGGUCUCAAGUUCUCAACUCCUGUUCACGACUCCUGGGUUCUGCCCUGGUCUCAAGUCUUUGGCUCCAGUUUUCCUUCCUGGUCAGUUUCUCCGCACUCCUCCUGUCGGCCAGCUUCUGCACCCUACCAUGUUUCUUCCUGCAGAUGGUGGGCCCACCGCCCAUCGUAGCAAAGUCAAAUGAAAAAGCUUUUCUUCAGGGUUGA